AAUAUCUGUACCUGCCCAUUCUGGAGAUAACCUUGUGAGCGAAGAGUUAAGUACCUAUAUAGAAUUGCAAGCGGUUAAAAGAUAUAUAACGAGAAUAAUAAUGCCAACGACGAUACACGAAAACAUUGCUCUGUUAAAUAUGAUGUCUUCUGAUAAUCUAGAAGAUGAUUUGAAGAGCGUUCAGCUACAUUAUCCAUCCGAGAGGCGGUUACAGAGCGACGGCGCAUGCGUGGAGGAGAGGGUGAGGACGUCGCGUGGAGACAUACUGGUGGCCGUCCGAGGGGACCGGAAUAAGCGCGCGAUAAUAACAUACCAUGACCUCGGACUCAAUUAUGCCGCAAACUUCCAGGCAUUCUUCAAUUUCAUUGAUAUGAGGUCAAUUUUGGAUCAAUUUUGCAUUUACCACAUCAAUGCCCCGGGCCAAGAGGAAGGGGCACCGACUUUGCCCGAGGAUUUCUCGUACCCCUCAAUGGAUGCCUUGGCCUCUCAAAUAGACUUUGUCCUUGGACACUUUGGUAUUAGAUCUUUCAUCGGGUUCGGGGUUGGUGCUGGAGCUAAUAUUUUAGCUCGCUAUGCUAUUGUAAAUCCUCAAAAAGUUGACGCUUUAGUACUCAUUAAUUGCACGUCCACUCAGGCUGGUUGGACUGAAUGGCUGUAUCAGAAAAUUAAUACGAGACAGCUGCGAUCCAGCGGGAUGACUCAAGGAGCCCUCGACUACUUGAUGUGGCACCAUUUCGGGCGCAGCACCGACGAACGGAAUCACGACCUAGCUCACGUGUACAAGGAGUGCUUUUCCCACGUUAACCCUGUAAAUCUGUCUAUGUUCAUAGACUCAUACAUACGCCGUUCUGACUUGGGAAUCGCAAGGGAGAGCAACACGAUAAAGGUGCCAGUGUUAAACGUGACUGGCGCGCUUUCUCCGCACGUGGAUGAUACAGUAACAUUUAACGGUCGAUUAGAACCCGCUAAGACUUCGUGGUUGAGUAUUUCAGACUGUGGCAUGGUGUUGGAGGAACAGCCCAGUAAGAUUGCGGAGGCAUUUAGGUUGUUCCUUCAGGGUGAAGGCUACUGUAGAUAGUCACCUCACCGUUACAGACAACGAUACAUGCAACGCAGCUAUAAUAUAGAGUGCACUCAAUGCUUUACUACACGCGAGCUUUAAUAUUAAAUUUGUUGUAGGCAUUGGAACUGUAGACAGAAAUUGUUAACCGUCGUAUAUAAAUAUUUACGAAAAUAAAAUAUUUUCUGGCCG